CCCCGUUUAAAUUCAUGUUUAGCCUAGAAAUACUUGUUUAAUGCGUCAAACAUCUGUGAGGGAAGGGAAAGGACAGCGAUGGCUUGCUAUUACCGCCAGAACGAGGAGACGACGGUGACAAUACCGAAAUACACGAAUGAAACCUCCAGCGGCGGGGUCACCUACUAUGACAUCAAAGUGCGGGUGGCAAAGGUGGAAUGGAUGGUGGAGCGGCGCUAUCGAGACUUUGCCCAGCUCCAUGAUAAGCUGGUGGAGGAUAUAGCAAUCAGCAAAAAGUUGUUGCCCCCAAAAAAGCUUGUGGGUAAUAAGCAGCCAGCGUUUCUGGAGCAGCGUCGGGAACAACUGGAAGCCUACUUGCAGGAGCUGCUCAUCUAUUUUCGCACGGAACUACCGCGGGCUCUGGCUGAAUUCCUGGAUUUCAACAAAUACGACAUUAUCUAUUUGCUGCAGGAUCUUGCCAAGUUAUUCGACGAGAGCGGCGAUGCGCUUCUCAGUUCCAAAAAGGAAUACAACCUGUCGGCAUUGGAGGUCUUUGCCAUUAGCGAGCGUCUGAGUCUUCCCUGCCCGCCGAACGUGGAUCGUGACGGAAAAUACGAUUUCUCGCACGUCCUGGACUUCUGCACACAACUCGUGGCAUUGGUAGUGACGCCAGUGAAGGAUAAUGCCAGCUAUGCGCAGGACUACAACACAGUGGACGUACCCAUUGGGCGAAGCAAUAUCAUUCCGAACAGGCUAAACUUCAAUCUGAAUGCAUUUCGAAAUCUCAAAACCCUCAAAUUCUCGGCCCUGUCCACGGAGAACAUCGUGGACAUUGAGCUCCUGAAGCCAACGUUACAAACAAUCUGUGUUCACAACACGACUAUACAAAACAUAUGCCAGGUGCUGCUCUGCGAUAACUUGCACAAGUACUGCGAUGUUCCGAGCCUCCUGCCUGAGGCCAUCCGGCCACCCUCCGCAACAAACGGCAGUAUCCUCAUCAGCACAGAUGCGUGGCAGGAGCUAACUGACCUGGAUCUGACUGGCAAUCUGCUCACCCAAAUCGAUGGCAGUGUGAGGACAGCACCAAAACUGCGUCGUCUGGUGCUUGAGCAGAAUCGCAUCCGGGUUGUACAAAACCUGGACGAACUUCCCCAUCUACAGCUGCUCUCUCUGUCCGGAAAUCUUAUAGCCGAGUGCGUGGACUGGCAUCUGACAAUGGGAAAUCUCGUCACACUGGAGCUGGCUCAAAAUAAGCUCAAGUCUUUGAAAGGCCUGCGCAAGCUGCUUUCAUUGGUCAAUCUAGACCUGAGCUGCAAUCAGAUUGAAGAUCUCGAAGAGGUUGAUUAUGUGGCUAAUCUUCCACUGCUGGAGUCCCUUAGACUCACUGGCAAUCCCCUGGCGGGCAGUGUGGACUAUCGGCCUCGUGUCCUGGCUCGUUUCCAUGAGCGCGCCGUCGAGAUUUCUCUGGACAAUGAGCGAGGCAGUCAGCAAGAGUUGGACACGGCCCUAGUGCUUUCCGCUCUGCUUCAAUCAAAGCAGCGCCAGCGCCAGAAAUGAUAUCGGCUCAAUUCUAGAAUUCCACAAAUCUAUUCAUGCGUAAAAGUAUUCCAACCGUCUAAAUUUAUUAGUCCUAGUUUUUUAACCAAGCCCUAAAGCCGUGUGUCUCUGUUUCUAGUAAUGUUUUAACUGUUUCGUCUAUCUCCGAUGUGCAAUAUUUCAAUCAUCACCUGAAAAUGUAAAGUGUAUAUCUUAAUAAAAUGUA